GGAACACAAGGCAGCAAUGGAUAGCAGAGUGGCUCACCCUGACCCUGGGAUGGCCUGGAUUCACACACUGCUGCUGGCCACCAUCCAGCACACACACUAGGCUGCUAAACGCCAAUGAGCUCCCAUGUGUUCGUUCAGUCAUGCUCCCUGGUUAUGGAUUCUCACCUUUUCCUGAUUUCCAACCUCAUCUUCACGCUUUUCGCUGUCGAGGAGAGAGUCCCAGCAUGUGGAUCCCUGGCUCGGGAGAGUCCCCAGCUCUGAGUGAGACCCAGGAGGACAGGUCUCUCCUUCACCCGUGCCACCACAAGCACGUCGCUGUGUGCCAGCAGGAAACUUUGGCUUUUAUUGAGCUACAACCACCAGUGACUCCUAAACUAAACGGUCAUGGCUGUCCGAGGCCGACUGUUAUUCCAGACGCACAAUGCACAACACAUCCCCUACCCAUCAACGGUUACAGCCACACACUGAACGAACUGAAUGAUAUGCAGAACAGCUGCCAAAGGACAGACAAUGAGCAUGAAACAAGGUUGAAUUUGAACUCUUGUACACCUACAGAUGACGGUGUGCUUGAAUGCCAAGAUGGCAUCAGGACUUCUUUGCAGGAGCAGCCUGAAAAACCACAAACUGUCACAACAGUAUGUCGUCCUCUCCACUCAGCUCUUAGCCUCCCUCUGUCGUUUCCUCUGUCCUCGCUAUACACAGACAGAGACUCCUGGGAUUCUCAGUUACUCUGCUCCCCAUCCUCACCUGAAGGCUCUGAGUUUCAGAGCCCCAACUCCAGGAGGCCACAGAGGAGAACGUCACAGGGGUCACUGAAAGAAAAGUCUAUCCGGCGUAAGAUGCAGGUUUAUUCCCCAGACAGCGCCAGUGAUGAAUCUCUCAGCAGCCCAAUCCUGGAUGCAGACUACAUCUUCCCUGGACCUUUUGCAUCUUUCUUAGAGGAGGACCUCAGUGGAUUAUCUUCACUAGAGACCAUGACAAGUCCUUCAUCCACAGGUGGUGCUACAGAUCUCCCAAACCUCAAUAACAAUGAUAUUUUACAUCUACCUGUAGAACCAUUGCAAAUAAUAGAGGACUCAUUACCUGGGGUGGGGGAAGACUCAUUACCAGGGGUUGUGGAGGACUCAUUACCAGGGGUAGAGGAGGACAGCGGGAGUGUAGAGACGUCAAACGCGACAGGGGGCAGCUUUUUGUCACGUGGUCGUCAAGGGGAACAUGAGCGGCGGCGAUUCUCAGCUUCAGAACUGAUAUCCAGACUUCAGCUGACCCAAAGGAAGAACUCCUUCACCUUGAAGCUUGGGAAGUCGCUAUCUGCUCGGGUCUCCUCCAAGGACCGACAGAGCUCCCACAGCCUCAGCCCCAACCCUGACAAUAAAUCCAACUCCAGGCACCGCAGCUCAGGAGGUUCUUGUGAGAGCGCCCCCCACAGUCCUGUAGGCCCUGAUCCUCCACUGCCCAGCAGUGACAAUGGGAUGCCUUUGCAUCGGUGGAGCUCAAAACUCGGAAUGCGAAAGAAAUCCGUAGACGAGGACUUGUGCUCACUUUCAACUGGGACUAGUUCAAAUCGCUUAUCACGGUUUUUGCCUAGUUCGAUACUGUACCAAGAAUACAGUGAUGUCGCCAUCAACAGAGAGAUCCAGAGGCAGCAGGGGAAGGAGCCAGGCACAGAGGAGGAGGGGCUCAGGUACGAGGGGUCAGACGGGACCCCUUCUCCAUCCAAUCUGUCUCCAUCCAGCUCCUUUCGUUCCUCACGAGGCUCGGCUUUUGCACUGUGGCAGGACAUCCCUGAUGUUCGCACCAGCGGUCAGCUCGAUAACUUCAGCAAUGAGGAAAGGAAAUUACAGGAGGCAAAGUUUGAGCUGGUGACGUCUGAGGCAUCAUACAUACGUAGUUUGAUAAUCGUGGUGGACCACUUCAUGUUGUCACAAGAGCUCGCCGAGUGUCUCGGAGCUCAGGAUAAGCAGUGGCUUUUCUCCAAACUGCCUGAAGUCAAAGAUGUCAGUGAGAGGUUUCUUCAGGACCUGGAGCACCGGCUGGAGGAAGACAUUUUGCGUUUUGAUGUGUGUGACAUUGUCCUGGAUCACUGCCCAGCUCUGCGAAGGGUUUAUUUACCUUAUGUAACCAACCAGGCGUACCAAGAGCAGACAUACCAGCGUCUGCUGCACGAGAACCCUCGUUUCCCUGCCAUCUUGGCCCGUUUGGAGGAGGACCCUAUCUGCCAAAGACUUCCUCUGACCUCUUUUCUAAUCCUCCCGUUCCAGAGGAUCACUCGUCUUAAAAUGCUGGUGGAGAAUAUCUUAAAGAGGACGACACCGGGAUCUCGAGAUGAGGACACUGCCACAAAAGCUUUUAAUGAGCUAAAAAAGAUCAUCAAAGAAUGUAACUCCAGUGUGCAGUCAAUGAAGAGGAUGGAAGAACUCAUCCACCUCAAUAAGAAAAUUAAUUUUGAGGGAAAGAUCUUUCCUCUGAUCUCUCAAUCACGCUGGCUCGUGAAACAUGGUGAACUCUUGGAAGUGGACACUCAAAUGAUGAGUAUUUCGGGAUCAAAACUCAAGUUACCCACCAAGCCUGUGUACCUCCACCUGUUCAAUGAUUGUCUCCUGCUGUCCAGGAGGAAAGACACAUGGAAGUUCAUGGUGUUCGUCCAUGCCAAGAUAGGAGAGCUUAAAGUUAAGGAUCUCAGUCAGAAGCUGCAGGGAAUCUCUGGCUUUAUCUUCCACCUGCAACUGUGUGAAGGCCAGCAGCUCAAACACCAGAUUCUGCUCAAAUCACAUACUGAGAGCGGGAAGCAGAGAUGGAUCACAGCAAUGUUUCCAUCUGAUCCACGGGAAGACAUCGAGCAAGCCAAUGAGAAUGAUGACAUACCGCAAGUUCAGUGCAUCAAAAGCUAUCAGUCCCAAGAGCAUGACGAGUUAACACUGGAAAAGGCAGAUAUUCUUCAUGCUAAGAUUAUCACAAGUGAUGGCUGGGUGGAAGGCAUCAGACUGUCCGACGGGGAACGGGGCUGGUUCCCCAAAACCUACGUGGAGGAAAUCACAAGUCGCAGCGCACGCCUCCGCAAUCUCCGAGAGAAUAUCCGCAUCAAAUGUGUCACGCAGAAACUAGAGGGAGAAGACUGACUAGUUUUACUGCAACUUGUUGUGUGUCAAAGGUGCAUUUCAAAUUUCUAAGCUACAUUUUUAAG